AUGUAUCCAUUUAAAUCUCUUUUCUUCUUUCAUCCGUGUCUGACUCAGCCGUGUCUGACGCACCCAUGUCUGACGCAGCCGUGUCUGACGCAACCGUGUUCGACGUCAGCCGUGUCUGACGCACCCGUGUCUGACGCAGCCGUGUCUGACGCAACCGUGUCUGACGCAGCCGUGUCUGACGCACCCGUGUCUGACUCAGCCAUGUCUGACUCAGCCGUGUCUGACGCACCCGUGUCUGACGCACCCGUUCGUUUGAACCUGCCUUCAUUUUCUUCGUCAACACCCCUCUUUCUUCUUCUUUCUCCUCCCCAUCCUCCUAAUCAUCUUCGUGGGCUACUUCUUCUUUCGUCCUCCUUCUUGAUAUUCCUCCUCCUCUCAUUGUCUUUUACUUCAUCGUCUAACUUUAUCUUUCUCAUCAUACGUUUCUUCUCCUCCUCCCCCUUCUCCUCCAACUCAUUCUUCUACCUCCUCCUUUUCUACUUUUUCUUUUAUUCUAUUCUUCCUCCUUUCUCUCCCUCGUAUUUUCUCCUCCUCCUUCUGGCACUUCUGUCUCUUUUAUUCCCUAUAGUGCGCCUUUUUUCAUCUGUCCAAUCGACCGCAAGAUUCAGAGAAAACGAAAAUAGCUUUACAGAUACAAGUAUACACAUACUUCUUCCCUUCUCUCUCCCAACACCCUAUCUUUCUCUCUCUCCCAUCACCCUAUCUUUCUCUCUCUCCCAUCACCCUAUCUUUCUCUCUCUCUCUCUCUCUCAAUAG